UAAAGAUCUGGUCCUCAACAAUAUUAAAGAGGAACUCGCUGAGGAAUCACUAAAAGUUAACACAUGGUAUUUGCUAAGUACAAUAAGACCUAGAUUUAUCGGAUCGCGAUUUAACGGAUCGAUCCUCCGGUCCCUUCAGAGGGACCCAUAUGAUCAAUGUUAAAACGUUUGCUGAUUAACGGAUUGAGAUUUCGACCCGAUUUGAUUUAACGGAUCGUAAUUUUUGGUCACUUUUUUUUUUCCUCCCCGCCAAUUCGUAGGAUCUCACGUCAUGUCUCGCCCUCGCUCGCGUAUCGUUUUCAAAAGAUGCGCACCCUCCGCGCACCCGCAUCCUCGCGACACGUGCGCGCGUGCCACUCAAGGUCAACGGUCAAUGACUGUACUAAUUAGACAGCUGAUUUGCAUAAAUCACCUGUUCAUCCCAAUCAAAACAAAACACAAACAACAACAACAGUCGGAUGCAUUGAUUGCAUUGUCUUAUCUCGCCGUGCGUUAUCGUGUUGUCAUCGGAAGUUUUGGUGCUUUUUAUAGAGUGUUGGUGAUAAAAACAUCGGAUUGUCGAGUGACAAUGAGUGAUAGGAAAACGCGGCGGUCCUACAGCGUGGAGGAAAAGCUAGAGAUCAUUUAUAAAUAUGAUGAGAUGAAAGCGAAGACCAGAAAACUGCAAAAGGACAUCGCAAAAGAUGACUUAAAGAUGUCGGCGACAUCACUGAAUACUAUUUUGAAGGACCGGCAAGACAUCGAGGCCGCUGCUUCAUUGGGCUUUAACAAAACGAAGCAUAUCAAAGCAUCUCCUUUGCAAACUCUGGAGGAUAAACUGUUAACAUGGUUUAACCAGCAAAGAUCGGCCAAUAUUCCAGUGAAUGGUACUCUUCUGCAACUGAUAGCACUUCAGUUACGGGACAAAAUCCCAGGACUUUCGGAGUUGCCAGAAUAUGCAAAUUUUACGGCAUCGAACGGAUGGUUAGCUAAUUUCCGGAAACGGCACAACAUUAUCUUUGGACAGAUUUGCGGCGAAAGAGAAGCAGUUGACGGCGGUGUUGCAGCUAAAUGGAAGUCGGAGGUUCUGCCUACUCACUUACAGAGGUACACAGCCAAAGAUACGUACAACGCUGAUGAACUCGGUUUGUUUUACAAUCUUCUGCCCAAUAAAAGUUUGGUGGUGAAGGGAGAUAAUUGCCAUGGAGGAAAACUGAGCAAACAACGUGUUACGGUGCUUUUAUGUUUUAAUUCAGAUGGCUCCCACAAACUUAAGCCCCUGGUCAUCGGAAAAUCGCAAAAGCCACGGUGCUUCAAAAAUAUUAAAACUCUUCCUGUAGAAUACACCUCUCAGACAAAAGCCUGGAUGACAGGAAACGAAUUCAUUCGAUGGUUGAGGGUUUUUGAUGCCACAAUGGGUGCUCAAAAUCGGAAAAUUGUAUUAUUCAUAGACCACUGUCCUGCACAUCCACCUGAUGUGUCGCUGUCGAACAUCGAACUCGUUUUUUUGCCAGCAAACGCCACCUCCAUACUUCAACCGUUAGAUCAAGGCAUCAUCAAAGUUCUCAAAUCGUACUACAGAAGACGUCUAAUACAGCACUUGGCAUUUCUUAUUGACCAGGAAGUCACAAAAGAAGUUAUGAAAAUUAGCCUCCUCAAAGCGAUUCAUUUCUUAAUGGCAAGCUGGUCGGAAGUGUCAACAGGGACCAUUAUGAACUGCUUCAAAAAAGCUGGCAUUGGAAAGGGGUGUCCAGAAGACAAGAGGAAAAACAAGAGGAAGAGCCCGGAAUCAAAUGAGACCAAUGAUGAAGCUAUGGAAACAACUGAUUGUGAGGAAGAAACCGCUAAUGAAACGGAAACUUGUAAUGAACCAGAGGAGUGGCAGAAAGUUAGCCACUUUCUUGGAGAAUCAGUGGGCGAUUUCGAAGAUUAUUGCACCGCCGAUGACGAAAUCAUCUUGACGGGGUUGCAAAAUCUUGACGAUAUAGCGCGAGAAGACGUAGAUGGUAGCGUGGAUGACGAUUGUGCCGCAGAUGGAGCGGACGUCGACAUUCCUCCCAUCCGAAAAUCGGAGGUAUUCAACGCCGUCGAGACCAUGAAGACGUUUCUCUCUCAAACUGGUGCGAGUGAUGAGACAAUGAGAUGUCUGUUCCAGGUUGAGAAUCACUGCAUUCGUGCCAAAGUGGAGGAGUGUACCUUGAAGCAAUCUUCAAUAGAUUCAUUCUUUGCUCUAAAAUAAAUUACUAUGCAUUCUUAUUCUUUUUCACUGUGUCACGGCAUUUUUCUCUUGUUUCGUUUUGCUUUUACGUACCUAUUACUAUUAAAGCCAAAGAAUUGG